ACAAUUUCAUUUAACAAUGAGUGAGGAGCCAGAAAAUACUGAGACAAAGAACAAGUUAGACGGUUCGUCCAAGAUGAAUCCUUCAAAAGUGGACCAUAGUUCUAAAACUAACGUUCAUAAAGUUACCAAGACAAUUGUGUCAUCGCCACAUAUUUAUAAGCCCGUUGGACCCUACAGUCAAGCUAUUCUUGCGGAUAAGACACUGUACGUGUCUGGGGUACUGGGCAUGGACCCGCAGUCUCAGCUAGUAAGUGGCGGCGCCGAAGGACAAACGCGACAGGCUCUUAGCAAUCUGAAGCAUGUUCUAGAAGCAGGCGGCGCGUCUCUAGAGUCUGUCGUUAAAACUACAAUACUUUUAGCACGAAUGGAAGAUUUCCAGGCGGUGAACCAAGUUUAUGCAGAAUUUUUCCCAAAAGACUUUCCGGCCCGUGCUACAUAUCAGGUAGGCAAGUUGCCUUUGGACGCGGCUGUGGAAAUAGAAGCUAUUGCACUUAGUGGCGAUCUGGUCGUCGCUGAAGCCGGACCCUGCCCCUGUGCACGCACUUAGGAAUACGUGACCACCGUAAAUUAAUCUCGUCGCUUAGUUGCCUAUUGUCGAGCGAUAUGCAAACGUAAUUAAGGCACACACCUAGGUAGUUUUAGGUAUCUAUGAUUGUUAUUUUUCUGUUAAAUACUAAGAUGUUUAAAUAUUAAUUAUGCUAUGAUUAACAUAUUUGUUUGUAUGUGGUUCUGAAAAACGAAGUUGUAUUAAAAUAUUGUUAAUUAAAAUAUCAUCUUGAUUA